UUCACGGUGCUGCGAAUGGCGAAUAAGUGAGGCAGAGCUGUAGAAUUUUCCACUUCGAAGGCAGUGAACCGAGCUGCAGGGAAGAGAUGAAGCGCAGUUAGGAACCGUUAGGAAGAUUAGGAAGGUGUUCGAUGACAGAAGAUAUUGAGUCAGUGUCUGAGGACGAAUUGGCGUGUGGCAAUAAUGGUGAUUUUCCCAUUGCAGUGAUAGAGUAAUAUGUAAAUGACUUUUCGCUCAUCACCUGUAAGAGCCAGCUGCAUGAAAUGGAAGCUCAUAGUUUACUUUCCGAAGAUUCACUUGCAUCUGCGUUUGUCAAGGUUAAGGAAGAAGAUGUAGCCAUGUCUGUUGAAGGCAUGUAUCACAAUGCACAAGAGUUGAACGGCGAAGCAAAGAAAAGAAUUUCAAAUCUGCAUGACAACCUGACUGACAAUGAGUCUGUAGAGUUGCAGAGAGGAAGGACAUCUCUUCCCCAUUCACAGAGUGAAACACAAAUCAAGCCUUCAUGUCGUUCAUCUCUUUACUUCCAUGAUGGGCUUCGAAGUGUGGACUUCGUGUUGGUUUGGGAUGACCUCUUAAAACAGUCUAAUUCAGCAGCAUCUCAAGAGAAGAGGAAAGUUUUUGAGAGGAACCUGCAGCGUGAAGGUCUUGAAUUGGAGUAUGAGAAGCGAGAAACAAGUGGAUUGAAUUUCAUAAAAGUUCAUGCUACACUGGAGGUUCUACGACGUUACAGUGAAAUCCUUAAGCUUCGUAUGCCAAUGAGAGAGGAGCUGUGUCACAUUGAGAAGGACAACAAAAUGAAUCCUCUGUUGCAUGCUACAAUGUACCUGUCACAGAAGAUCCCAGCACUGCAGGAGGUCCACGAGAAGACCAACUCUCUGCUGGACAGCUUGAGCAGCUAUGCUGACCGCAUUAUGGGGCACUUCUAUGUUGACACCAAAGUUUUUCCACCCAGGAGUUACCGCUUCACUGCUGUGUACAGCAGAGACAAGGAAUAUCUUUUUGACAUACAUUCCAAAGGAUUCUUCACACCGGCCAUCCGUUCCCGCAUUGUGCAGUUCAUUUUGGAUCGAGAAAGGUUCACUGAAACCCAAGGUGAUGACUUUGCAUUUGGCAUUGAACGUCUAAUCAACCAGUGGGUAUACACUGCAGCCUAUCCUUUGCAUGAUGGGGAGCUGAGGGUGCCAGGCAGUAUGCGGAACACACUGUACACUGAGUGGGCAGCAGUGAACAAGUGCCUCCGCUAUCAGCCACUUGAUUACGUCAAGGAAUACUUUGGUGUGAAGAUAGGCCUAUACUUCGCUUGGCUUGGUUUCUACACACAUAUGCUUAUUCCUGCAUCAGUUGUUGGAGUGAUAUGUUUCAUCUACAGUUGCCUCACACUGUAUGGUGAUUUUCCCAGUGAAGAUAUCUGCAAUAAACGGCUGAACAUCAUAAUGUGCCCGACUUGUGAUCACUUCUGUGACUACUGGAACUUGGAGGAGACGUGUCUUCAUGCGAAAGUCACAUACCUGUUCGACAAUCCUAGCACAGUGUUCUUUGCUAUAUUUAUGUCUUUCUGGGCGGCCAUGUUCUUAGAGUUAUGGAAGCGCUAUUCUGCAGAAAUAACACAUCGCUGGGACUUGACAGGCUUUGAUAUUCAAGAGGAACAUUCGCGACCCCAGUAUCUUGCUCGUCUUAAGAAUGUAAACAAUGUUACCAACAUGAAGGAGCCGCAUGUACCUUUCUGGAGAAUGAAAGUUCCGGCCACAGUUCUGAGCUUCUCGGUGGUUCUUCUUUUGGUUUCACUGGCUGUUGCUGCCGUCAUAGCAGUUGUUUUGUACAGGAUGUCAGUCCUUGCAGCCCUGGCUGUUCAAGGAGAGUCUUACAUUAACAGUUAUGCGCUGCUGUUCACCACCUCCACUGCAGCAUCUAUAAAUCUGUGUUGCAUCAUGGGAUUCAACUGGAUAUACAAUUGGCUGGCAAAGUACCUUACUGAGCUGGAACUGUUACGAACACAGACCGAGUUUGAUGACAGCCUCACGCUGAAAAUCUACCUCCUACAGUUUGUCAACUAUUAUGCAUCAAUUUUCUACACUGCUUUCUUUAAAGGAAAGUUUGUUGGUAGACCUGGUGAAUACAACACUUUCUUCGGCUAUAGGCAGGAAGAGUGUGGCCCUGGUGGCUGUCUCAUGGAGCUGUGUAUCCAGCUGGCGAUCAUCAUGGUUGGAAAGCAGAUUAUGAACUCCAUUCUGGAGAUGAUUAUGCCACUGUUCUACAAGUGGCUCAACACCCUCAAGGUGAAGACUGGCUUGGGAGAAGGUCAGAAAUCGCACCGCAGCUACUAUCAGUGGGUAAAGGACUUCAAGCUGGUGGAUUGGGGGCCACAGGGGCUCUUCCCUGAAUACUUGGAGAUGGUUUUGCAGUAUGGAUUUGUCACUAUCUUCGUUUCUGCCUUCCCGCUGGCUCCAUUUUUUGCCCUGCUGAACAACAUCCUGGAAAUGCGCCUUGAUGCUAAGAAACUGCUGACGUAUUUUCGUAGGCCUGUCACGCAGAGGGUUCGUGACAUCGGUGUCUGGUACCGCAUCCUUGACUCCAUCGGAAAACUGUCUGUCAUCACUAAUGGUUUCAUCAUUGCUUUCACAUCAGACUUCAUUCCUCACGUGGUGUAUACCACAGCAGUUUCACAGCACAAUAGCCUGCAGGGGUUCCUCAAUUUCUCAUUGUCUGUCUUCAACACUUCAGACCUGGAACCUGGCUCUGAACCUUACAAUAGCUCAUAUGUUAAUGUGACCGAGUGCAGAUAUGCUGACUACAGGGAACCACCAAACGUGGCGAACAAAUAUGACAGAACAGCAAUGUAUUGGUACAUUCUAGCUGCCAGACUGGCCUUCGUUGUGGUGUUUGAGAAUGUGGUGGCAGUGGUGAUGAUUGUGGUCCAUUGGUGCAUCCCUGACAUUUCAAAUAGGCUGCGUGACCAAAUCCGGCAGGAAGCUUACAUCACCAAUGAGAUCAUUAUCCAUCAGGAGACGCUGAGAGCUAGGGGUUGUAACUUUGGAGGAGUCACAGGCAGUGGGGAUGGUGACAGGAAUCCUUGUGCACAUUUGGGUCACUUCUCGGGUUCAGAUGUGGACCUUUCCAUGCUGGCAGGACAUGAACUAGAGACUACUGAUAUCACACGGAAGAGGUUGGCAUGGGAAACCCACUCUUCUGAUCACUCAGAAACUGUAUGAUACUUGAUCUUGUGUCUGAUGUUUUCUGAAAUUCAUGAGAAGUUUUUGCCUUAUGUGAGCCUACAGAAGGAAAAGACAUAUUGGUAGGAAGAUGAGUAAUACAUUUUGGCUUCUGCCAGUCAUUGUGAUGUUCUCCAGUUUCUUAAUUUUCUUUGCCUCCUUUGGUUCCAGUUAUCUGUCAUGCGGUGGCUUCUUUUAUGAUUUUGAUUCUAGGGUUACUGUUUCCCCAUUUGUAUUUGGUGCAACAUCCCUGGGUGUGUCAUCAAGUUUUCCAUAUAGUUCCAGUUUCUGGUUUCAGAAACUGUUUCUUCCAUUUUAAAUUUCGAAUUCAUUUUUAUGUCAGUUUGAUGAACUUAUUUCACAAUAUUCCUAGCCCUUAGUGUUGUUGUUGACAUUUCAUGCUCAUUAUCCUGUGAUGUUGCAGGCAGAAAAUCACUCUAUUCAGACAGCCAGUCUGUUCUUUACUACUUCUGAUGGCCUGGCAUGAUCCCUGCCUGUGAAAUUUCUCAACUAACGUCUUAUGACUUUGCUGUAUAUGGGGUAUUUUCUUCUCACCUGUAUUCCUUGACCCACAUCCACAGGCUCCUCAAGCUCUCUCUUUUGAAUUGUGGUUUCUGUCCAUAAAAUCCAAAUGUACCAUGACCUUUCUGUGCCCACAGCCACUUCCUUAAUACUCUUCUUCCACAUGCGGAAACAAGAUCUCUGUGCUUACAAACACAUUGAAGGGAUUUCUUAUCACCCUGAUCUUCCUGAGAAAAUUCACCUAACAUGUUUUCUUCACACCUAUCUUCAGUCACCUUACCAUGUCAGCCUAGACUUGAUCUGUUGCGUAAAGUUGAAAAGCAAUAUUGCUAACACAUUGUUGCCUCAGGAGAUUCUAAGUAGGAACUAUGUCUGAUAAAUAUUUAUCUAUAUGGAUCUUGGCAUAAGUUUCAUUUAAAUACUUUGUAAAUAGCUUGGCUAGUUUCAUCAGUAUUCUAAAUUAAUUGAGAAUAUUUUUCGAUACUUCUUUCCAAACUGAAUCCUGGACCUUCUUGAAGCUUCUUAAAUACUUGCUGUAUUGUCAUAUUGACACUCACUUUUUCCUUCAUUUUAGAUAAAUUCAGAAUAAGUAAACAGUAAUUGUAUAGUAUGUUGAAAUCCACAAGGACAAUUCUAAAUAAUUUCAUCCACACAUAAAGUUAAUCUUGAAGGAAGCAUAUUGGAUAUAAUUUUGUAUUCUUGACAAUAGUGUUAUUGCUUGAUAAGUGCUACAGUCUAUUUUAUUGCCCUCUCUAUGAUAGAAUAGUUUCCACUACUGUGGUGUAGCUGCUUAUAAAUGCUGUCCUUUACAUCAGUUUUAUCCUCCAUUCAGGCUUGCAUAUUCAGAACUAGUGUCCUCUUAGUAUUAUUAUAUAUGACACCAUAUCACUAACAGGCUCUUCCUGCUUUAACUGCUGAUCUCCCCCUUCUAUCUGAAAAGUCCUGUCUCUAAUUCCUGAUUCUUACUCAUAGUGCCAUUUUUAAUUUAAUUUAAUUUGCACAGUGGGGGGUGGAGUCCAGUUGGGUCCACUCGACAUGUCGGCCACUG